UGUUUCUCAUUAAUUCCAUUGAACCUACAGUGGUGAACACAUGAGUAACACUAGAUAUAUUUUGCAUACAAGUUACUGUGCAUUACACACAGGUUCAGGCAAUGUUAAGUAUAUUCUGAGAUUACUCAGACAUAAAAAUGUCAAUAUUCCGCAAAUAUAUUAAUUGUAGCUGCGUUUCUCACUAAGAAUCGGCGAGCAAGAUUGUAGUUUUUUAAUCGACCUCAGUGCCUGUACGUUCUGAAAAUGGACUUCCUAUUACUCUCGGCAUGAAGUGAGGGUGUACACGGCUAUCAAGGAAGACACAUAGCACCUCCUUUCAUUUCAUCUGCGCUUCGAGCUAAGAUCUGCACUAAAGGAACGCGAUUUACGCUACAUUUAUGACUUGAAUAAUCGACAAGCCUAUUCCCAGGGCCACUGGAUGCUGCUACCCGUCAUAAGGACGCCCGGUUAUCUGAUUUCAUUGAAGAGCUACUCCCCAGCAACGGACAAUGUCUUCCAUAGAUCCCUAUCAAUACAUCAUAGUAGAGCACCAGUACUCACACAGAUUCAAAGUGACCGUAGUGCGUGCUGAGAAUGUCACUAAAGGGGCUUUGGGUGACCUAUUGGAUACUCCAGACCCCUAUGUGGAGCUGUGCAUCCCAACUGCCCCAGAGAGCAGAAAACGGACACGCCAUAUAGACAAUAAUGUGAACCCGGAGUGGAAUGAAACCUUUGAGUUCAUAUUGGACCCUAAUCAGGAGAAUAUCCUGGAGUUGACCCUAAUGGAUGCAAACUACGUAAUGGACGAGACUCUGGGGACCACGUCAUAUCCCAUCUCCAAAAUCAAAGUGGGCCAGCCGGAGCUGGUCCCGUUCCAGAUUGGCAAAGCAACCAAGGUAUACCUUGAGAUGACACUGGAAGUUUGCUCUUCCACCGACCUGCGCUUCAGCAUGGCACUGUGCGACAAGGAGAAGCUGUACAGGCAGACGCGGCGAGACAGAGCCAUGCUGGGGAUCAAGAAGCUGCUGAACAUGGAGAAAGCCCAGUUCCUGCCCAGCUCGCCUCAAGAGGUGCCUGUGAUCGCCAUCGUAGGAUCAGGGGGAGGCUUUCGGGCCAUGGUGGGAUUCUCUGGGGUGAUGAAGGCCCUGUACGAGUCUGGAGUCCUGGACUGCGCCACAUACAUCGCUGGGCUAUCAGGAUCCACCUGGUACAUGUCGAUGCUGUACUCCCACCCAGACUUCCCCAACAAGGGCCCCCGGGAGAUCAACCAGGAGCUGAUGAACAGCGUGAGCAGCAACCCGCUUCGGCUGCUCAUGCCCCAGCACAUCAAGCAGUACAUCAAGUCCCUGUGGACCAAGAAGGCCGGCGGCCAGCCCGUCACCUUUACCGACAUCUUCGGCAUGCUAAUUGGGGAGACACUGAUCCCUGGGCGCAUGAACUCCAAGCUGAGCAAGAUGCAGGAGAAGGUGAACGAGGGACAGAGUCCUUUGCCGCUGUUCACCUGUCUCCAUGUCAAACCCGACGUCUCUGAGCUGAUGUUUGCAGAUUGGGUGGAGUUCAGCCCGUAUGAGAUAGGAAUGGCAAAAUAUGGCACUUUCAUGACCCCUGACCUCUUUGGGAGCAAGUUCUUCAUGGGUAGCGUGGUGAAGAAGUAUGAAGAGAACCCCCUGCAUUUCCUCAUGGGGGUGUGGGGCAGUGCUUUCUCCAUCCUCUUCAACCGAGUUCUGGCAGUCAAGAACACGGGCUCAGGAGGGUGCACCAUGGAGGAGGAUCUGGAACAGAUAAAGCCAGAGCACAUCGUAGGAGCGGACAACCAUGACAACGAUGAGGAGCCGCGCAAAGCGGGCACAGAGAAUGUAGAAGGGGAGGAGGAGUUCCAGCGGCACGCUCAGGCCAGCUGGGCGCAACGCAUGUUCACCUCCCUGGUGGGAGACUCCACCAUCUUCAAUACCCGCGAGGGGCGGGCCGGGAAGGUGCACAACUUCAUGCUGGGCCUCAACCUCAACACCUCUCUCCCCUUCUCGCCGUUCGGCGGCCUGAUGUUCCAGACUUCAGUGGAGGAGGAUGUGGACGCGGUCACAGACCCGGAUGAGUUUGACCGCAUUUACGAGCCUCUGGACGUGAAGAGCAAAAAGAUCCACGUGGUGGACAGCGGCCUGACGUAUAACCUCCCGUACCCCCUGAUCCUGCGGCCGCAGAGGGGCGUGGACCUCAUCAUCUCCUUCGACUUCUCCGCUCGGCCCAGCGACUCCAGCCCACCCUUCAAGGAGCUGCUGCUGGCUGAGAAGUGGGCACGGAUGAAUAAGCUGGCUUUCCCAAAGAUUGACCCCAGAGUGUUUGACAGAGAGGGUCUGAAGGAGUGCUAUGUCUUCAAGCCUAGGAAGGGUGAUAAGAACUGCCCCACCAUCAUCCACUUCGUGCUGGCCAACAUCAACUUCAGGAACUUCAAAGCACCUGGAGUGCCUCGGGAGACUGAAAAGGAGCGGGAGUUCAGCGACUUUGACAUUUUCGAUGACCCAGAGACGCCAUACUCCACGUUCAACUUCCAGUACUCCAACAAAGCAUUCACCCAGCUGCACGAUCUGAUGGAGUUCAACACCCUCAACAACAUUGAGGUAAUCAAGGACGCCAUAAAGGAAAGCAUCCUGCAAAGAAGGGAGAACCCGUCCCGGUGCUCUGUCUCUCUCUCUCUCAGUGAGAUCGAAAACAAGAAGUUUCUGAAGAGAGACACCAUUGGAAAGCUGCACCUCCCACCGAAGAAGUGAUGGAGCAGGGCUAGAGAGAGUGGUGUGGUUGGAGGAGGGGGGUUCCUCACUAAAAGCUGAUGUCCGAACACCGACACUGCUGGCCUGACUCCUUCCCUGCAGCUGCGUGGCACAUACCCUUCUCCCUGUGACAUCCUCUUCUUCGUGCAUCUUUGCUGUGAGAUAGGAGGAAAGGUUAAAGCGUACAUCUGCAGAUCUGCAAGAGUUUCUCUGAAAGAUUCCACUGGGACACCGUCUCUGUUGCCAGACAGAACCCAGGGGGCAAUUUGGUGUCAUAAGGAGGCAAAAUGACAGAAACUGAAUUGUUCUUAUUAUUUAAUUUGUGCUGAGCCACACCACAUUCUCUGUUACCGUUAUUCACUGGUCAGGAAAUUAAGUGUGAGCGUGCUUCUCAGUGUCACAGAUACUUGUGACCAACGGUUGCCACAGAGUGUCCACCUCCAAUCAACUUAUCCAGACAUUUUUCAUACUGCAUGCGGACAAAAGGUAUUAGAACUGCAAAAAAAAGAAAAAUCAUUGACUUUUCCCCAACCUUGAACCUUCAAAAUUAAAGCCAACAUCAACUGUUGCCAAGUUACAUAUCAGCUAGAAUAAGUAGACGUAUCCAGGGCGAUAGUUUUUUUUUCCUCCUGAGUGUGUUAUUUCAGCACCCUGCUCAUAAAAGCCCAGGGACUGGAUUCAUUUCCUCUUCUCUUUUUCCCCCCUCAAAUCUAUGAGGGUGUAACCCGAGCCCUGACUGUCUCCACCACCUCCCCUCCGGGGGAGAUUUUUUACUGACGUGGCGCUUAGUGAAAUCUGUGUUUCUCACACAGGCAACGGCCCAGAUAUCACUUUACGGCCGCCAUGGAAUUUUACACAGUUACGCCGCCGGGAAUGGGUGUUACUUUUCCAGAAGACAAAAAUGUUGUGAAAAAAAAGAAAGAAAAAAAAAGUAUCUUUGCUGCCUUCUUGUAGAGUAGGAUGACGAAGCAGAUCCAUGCUUUUUUUCUGUUUUGCUAGGGUUAGGGUUAACUAUUUAGUCUAUGAUGUGUCAAAUGGCAGAUUUGAAGCCCACCUCAGUCCAGAGACUACAGUGUAUUUCCCUUCGAGAGCCACACAUUGCUCUCGGUUCAGUCAGGUUCAGUUUGUCCGUAACCCAUAAGAACCCACGGUGACACAGGUGGCACAAACACUUUAAAUAUUCUGGAAAGUUACUUAUACAGCUUUGUCCUUGACUUUAAAUCAUGAAGUCCCUAAGUGACAUGGGGGUGGGGGGUAUUAUUUCAAAAAACAAUUUAAGAAAUGUGUUCCAUGUGGUCCAUUUGGUCUGUUUUAUAUCCCUCAUAAUUUUCCUUUAAGGAGAAAUGGGUCCGGGUUCUUAUGGGUUGACUUGACUCCCAUUUAAAUGCAUAUAUAACUUGUAUUGCCACACACAGCCAAGUAACACAGAUGGGUUCAUUUAACGAUCGCCUAUACUCGCCAAAUCAUUUUUUGUGAAAAAUGAAACCGAGUUAACAUUGAGGAUAAAUUCCAAUUAUAGCUGGUUUUCAUUUUAAAUAUUUUUUUGGCUUUAUGGGGCACUACUUGCAUAGCAGUCUACAUACCGUCUUGCGCCACAGCUGUGUAAACAGCGAUUCAAAUACCGCACCAAUUUGAGAAGGGAUCAGUUCAAAUGGAACAUGAAUGCCAUGCUGUAACGUUGAAGCUUUGUGAAGCAAGUUUUUGUAUGUUAAUGUAGAUUUAAAAUACAUAAACAGUAGAAAAUAUUUUUCUUUGUGUCCUUUUAAUUGUACUAUAUUAAAUAAUUUAACAAUGAUGUUUACAACUAUGUAUAUCACUUAACUGUUUUGAAUGGGUUCCAGAAAACAUAACUCAAUGGCAAUCUCUGAUAUGUAAAUGUAAACUAUUAACAUUUUAUUUUAAUUAUGGUGACUCUUGUAUUUAUGUUAAUGUAACAAUUGACCUAGUAAAGAUAGUAUGUUUUCUAUUUAAAAUGUAAAAGAAAAAUCUGUGUUACUCUGUCUAUCAAAAGAUCUGUCUUGUACUUAAUAAAGGGUAUACUUCAAA